GCUCAGUGAAUUCAAGCAUGGUACCAUGAUAGGUUGCCACCUGUGCAAUAAGUCCAUCCAUGAAAUUUCCUUCCUACUAAAUAUUCCACGGUCAACUGUUAGUGGUAUUAUAACAAAGUGGAAGCAAUUGGGAACAACAGCAACUCAGCCCACCACUGGACUCUAGAGCAGUGGAGACAUGUUCUGUGGAGUGAAGAAUUGCGGUUCUCUGUCUGGCAAUCUGAUGGAUGUGUCUGAGUUUGGUGGUUGCCAGGAGAACGGUACUUGCCUGACUGCGUUGUGCCAAGUGUAA